AUGAAUCAGAAUCGGCCUGUCCAGCUGCUCGAUCCGCCGAUGCAAGACCACAUGUACGCAGGGGCGAAUACAUCGAUGCAACCAGCAACGGAGUUCGAGCCAAUGAGCGACAAAUUUAUUGAUGAGCCAGCGAUUGAAGAAUCUGCCCUCUUUUCCGACGUCAACUCCAUGGACCGGAAUCCUUCUAUGUACCUGGGUUCUCAGCGUAAAGGCAUCUGGCUCCCAGAGGAUCGCCGUGCUUUUCAAAACCAGAACUGUUUGAUGCAGAUUCUUCGUAUAUUGUUAUUUAUCCUUGUAUUUGGCAUCAUUCUCGCAUUGUGCGUCAUCAUGUUGAUUUUCAUUUUCUUGCGCCCACCGAACAUUGGAUUCAACGACGACAUACAGCUUCCACAAUCACAGCAGCAGUUGGAUAUUAGCGGCGGCCAUUUCAGCGUGCCAGCGAACCUCUCGUUUGUCGUCAGAAACCCAAACUAUGUGCCAGCAAAGAUCAACAACAUUAGCGCGCUUGCCUACGACAACUCUGAACAGACUACAUCGAUUGGAACUUGUAAUGUGGCCCAUCAAACAAUUCAUGCGCGUGACGACACCACGGUCACUCUUCCAUGCAAGCUAGAAUAUGACUUGAACAAAGAUUCUCAUCUUAGCAUUCUCAAAGAUAUUGCAUCGCGUUGCUUCAAGUCGAACAAAAAGCUCCAGCUUCUUCUGAAAGUGCAUGUAAACAUCCAACUGUAUUCAUUCAAAGUACCUUUUGAUCUGAGUCCUGUUAUUUCUAUUUCUUGUCCGAUUUCAAAGAACGACAUCAAGAAACUUGCUGGUGAUAAACCUGACAUUGAUGACCUGAUCAAUGGUUUGAAUUCUCGACGUUCUCAGUCACAAUGGCUUGCGCUGGCUAAGCGUUUCUAUGAACCAUUAGCAGCGCCUCACGAUGACAGAACCGCCUACCUGUAA